AUGGCGUUCUUGAAGCGAAAGCUGAGACGCUCCACGUCAACAACCAGUAUCGAUAGCCAACAGAGCCAGGUCUCCGUGAGCAGUAUUGCAAGUAAUGUCAGUCGAGUCAGCGUCACUCCAAAGGUCGCCGACGAUGCCAUCAGCACAACGUCCAGCCAGUUGGAUGAGCACAAGUUUGAUGCGUAUCUGACGUUCUGCGCAAACCAGACGCCCGCAAUCGAAGUGUACACGCAGCAAAAAGGCGACAACGCGCGCUUUGCGGAGGUGAUGGCGCAGUGCGACGCCAAGGUUGAGGAGUCUGGUGGAUUUGAUCUUCCGUCGUUCCUGCUGAAGGGCAUGCAGCGUCUGCUCAAGUACCAGCCGCUGUUGGAGAACGCACUGCGCGCCACAACGCCGGAGAAGAGGGAGGAGCACAGGAACCUGCAGAAGGCCAUCGAGCGCAUGGGGAAAGUUGCGUUCAAGGUGAACGAGGCCGUGCGCGAGUGCGAGAAUGCGCGACGCCUUCCCGUUCUCGAGAAGCAGCUGGUGGUAGAGUCGCUGCGGCCGUGGGUUGGCCGGCCGGCGUUUGACACCAACCUCUCCAGCGACCCCACGCGCCGCCUCUUGCUUGAGGGCGCACUCAAGCUCGUCAGGCCUGUGCUUGGGGACGAGCGGCGGCUGCUGGAUGUGCACGCCAUCCUCGUGUCAGACAUGCUGCUGGUGACGGUGGAGAAGGAAGGGCGGUACUGUCUCCGCGAGACGAAGGACAUUGUGCCCGUCAUCAAACUCAACAACAUCACCGACAUCCGCGGCGAAAUCACAUCAAGCACGCGUGAGCGGACGACGCUUAUGCUUGAGGUUGGCAGCGCUGCACGCGAGAUCCACCCGCCACCAUCACCGCUGCUGGUCCGUGACAGUCCGCGUCCCGUCGUGCGGUCGCCCCAGCGCCGCACCCUGCGCUUUGAGGCCGCGACGACAACGGCGCUGCGCACGUGGGUGGUGGAGCUGCUGCGGGCACGGGAGGCCGUUCGCACGAAAUACGCAGAGCUACAGCGCACGCAGAGUCGCAAUUCAUUUGCGCUGCCCGACGGCGACUUUGCGGUGACGCUGCUGGUAAGCACAACGUUUGAGGACGACGGCAGCAUGCGCGCUGCGGGCAUUGAGCACGUGCAGCAGCAGGUACCGGACUGGGAGAUCAGCUUUGAGCAGGGCGACGACGGGGAGGAGGGCCCGACGCUGGUGGAGACAACACGCAACGUGCGGGUGUUUCAGGGGCAGGACGGGCUGGGCAUGACGCUGAUUGGGAAGAACCCCGUGACGAUCCAGGAGGUGGAGAAGGACGGGCCCGCGUAUGCUGCCGGGUUGCGUGAGGGCGAUGCAAUCCGCGCCGUCAACGGGGAGGAGUGCACGUCGCUGUCGCACGUGGAGGUGAUACACUUAAUCCGGGAGGCGCUGCUGUCCCAGCGGCGCGACUGGCACCCGGUGGAGCGGCCCCUCGAUCCGAUUCCGGACAUUGAGGGUGGCGAAAUUGUCCGCGCCGCACACACACGCGGGCCACACAAGACAAAGAAGAUGACGUUCCUCAUGGAGAUUUAAGCGCGGCCGUCAUAUGUACACACAUACAUGCACACGCAUAUGCAGCUGCAUACCAACACGCGCACAGUUUCCUGCCGCAUAAUUACCAUCCUCAUCACACCCGCCACCUCCGCCACCUCGAUUACCACACCAGUAUCAUCGUCGUCAUCGCUGCGGCUGCUGCCUCCUGGCCUUGCAACACAUGUUCUGCUCCAGACCUUGUCAUAAUGGAACUCCUAUUCUUUGUUUGCUUGUUUGUUUGUUUCCGCGUUGUUCACAUCGCUCUUUCAUGGAAGCAAGCGCUUGUUUGUUUCUCUUUCCGUUCUGAUCUCUCUUGUGAUAUUGCAGACGCCCAUCGUACCGGCUGAUUGAAUCACACGUGGCAUACUCACACACAGGCACACACACACACACA